GAUGACCAAUGCUCACGCUCCUGUCAGUUGCACUUCCUGGUUUGAUUUGUUGUGUUAUUUUUGCAUCGACCAUGGCUGCGGAGGGCGACUUUUUGGCGAGAUACCGUGCUGUGUCAAACAAACUUAAAAAACGUUUUCUCCGUAAGCCCAAUGUAGCUGAGGCGAGUGAGCAGUUUGGUCAGUUGGCCAAGGAGCUGAAGCAGCAGGACUGCCUUCAGUAUGCUGCCUUCUGUAACCUGGCCAUGGCUCGGUGUGAGCAGACUCUCUUCAAUGCCCCUGGAGAGGCCCUGGCAUUGACGGAUGCUGCCCGCCUCUUUCUCUCUUCUGAGAAGGAGAACAGGGCGCUGCAGGCACCGGGAUUUGAUGAGCACCUUCAGGCUGCGCUCAACUGCUACAGUUUUGCCAUCAAGGUGUACAUUGAGAUGAACCAGCCUGUGAUGGCAGCCAGCCUCUGUCUAGAACUCGGCAAUGCACUCAAGGAGAUGAAUAGACCAGGAGAGGCUAUCGUUCAUUACCAGAGAGCUGCAGAGCUGCAGACACAGACGCCAAUUGAAGCCCUACUGUCGAUGGGAGAAAUGGCCACAUGUAAAAUUCUCACCCGUGACUACGAUGGUGCUUUGUCAGUGUUCACAGAGAUGCAGCUGAUGUGCCAGGAGAGAGGACUGCAGCUACCAGGCACCAGCACGCCUGUUGGUGCAUUUCUCGACAUUGUGGCAAAAUGUGAGAUCUCCAGAGUACUACUACUGAUGCUGCUCGAGCCUCCACCUCAGAAGCUGCUGCCAGAACACGCUCAGACCCUGGAGAGAUAUGCCUGGGAGUCUUUUGAUCCUCACAGCCAAGUGACCUUCCUGCCUGAGAAUGUUUUCCUGCUCCUGCAGUCAGUCGUGAUGGCGUGUCAAGAAAAAGACACAGAGUCCCUCAAGUCUCUUCAGACGGAGCUGUGGCCAUUUCUUACUGCUGAGCAGAAUCAUCUUCUCCACCUGGUGGUUCAGGAGCGCAUCACACCGUCUGGACAAGGCAUCUAGUGCUGUCCAGUUUUAACUCACUUCCUCUGGGAACCAUACUUUAUAUAAUGGAACAUUCCUGUUUCUGACUGGGUCUGUUGUAAGACCUGAAGAAGUCUUGUUUUCAAAACCAUGAUGUUGUAACUUGUACGCAAUAGAAAACUUUGCCUCUGUUAAGAAAAGUCACACAGAUUUAGAAAUCAGUGGAAAUCCAUGAGUCUGAAGUGAGGGUCUGUUAACCCUAAGCCUAACCCUAACCCAAAUAUUAAAUUUAAAUUAAUGUUAAUAAAAAGUUGUGUGUUCAUACUUGAGUUAAGGCCACAGAACUGGAAACCUGCCUGCUUAUUUAUUACGUAAUAGUGACUGUUUUGGAUUUUGUUGCAUUCAGACGACACAUGAAGACUUUGUGAUAUAACUUGUUUUUAUUAAUAAAUGAUAUGGCUUAAAUUCCAAUGUCAUUACAAAACAAAACCUUCUACUGCAUAGUUACAAAAUAUGGUGAAAUAUAACGCCAUUGUCCUCCAUCCCUGGUUCACUUAAUGUUCACUUGUACAAAUUGCAUGUACUUUUCUUAUGAUAGCAGCCAACUACAGACAAAAUCAAACAUGGUUAGAAAAAAAAAAACACUCAAUACAAAAAGUUACAAAAAUAUACUGGUUACAAUGUGCAUAGAUUAAAAAAAAGGAUACACUAUACUUCAAAUGUAAAAUAAUGAUACAUGAUUAAAACUGCUCGUGCUGAAAA